GUAAAUGAUAAGGUAUUUGGAAUUCAUGAUACGAUGGAGGUCCAAGCUUCCGGGAGCUAGCUACCAGCAGCUAGAGCUAUCAAUACGUCAUUGGUCGGACAGAGCGGGUAGAUCCACAUGUCUUCACGCACUGACCGUGACGAACCAUGCCGAGGCUCAAGAUUUGAUACGUUUAGCGUUUAGUGUAACAGGUAGCUCAGUCCUUCCGAACUGUUCGUACCGGAUCUACGGGGAGGCUAAAGAAAGAAACGAAAAGAAAAAACGGAAAAAAGUUAAAAGGAAAACUACAGAAUAAUCAACAACCAUAUUCAUGAGAUUGUUUAUUAAAAGGGGCUGGCAUCCCGUACAUUCAACCCUUAAUCAUCAUCUUUGCAAAGUGACCUCAUUGGGAUUACAGACACGGCUCGUAUCAUCCAAUAGUAACUCUAGAUACCCCGCCAACGACAGCAUCAUCGUUAGCUUUGCGACCUCGACUUCGACUCCGAUUUCGUCAGCAUAUACCCCAUCACUUUCGAGGCAUCAUCUUUUCAUCAACACCAAAACAAUUUCCACAAUGGCUUCAGCUACCACAUUUUAUGACUUCAAGGUCAAAGACAAGAAGGGCGCCGAGAAGUCCUUAGCCGACUACAAGGGCAAAGUUGUGUUAGUCGUCAACACAGCAUCCAAGUGCGGUUUCACCCCGCAGUACGCUGGGCUCGAGAAGCUAUACAAGGACAUCAAAGCCACGCACCCGGAUGACUUCACCAUCCUCGGCUUCCCUUGCAACCAGUUCGGCGGCCAGGAGCCCGGCACCGACGACGACAUUCAGAACUUCUGCCAGGUGAACUAUGGCGUCACCUUCCCCAUCUUCGGCAAGACCGACGUGAACGGUGAAAAGGCCGAGCCCGUGUUCGAGUGGAUGAAGUCGGAGAAACCCGGCCUUCUUGGCCUAAAGCGCGUCAAGUGGAACUUCGAGAAGUUCCUCAUCGGAAGGGACGGGAAGGUCAAGGAGCGCUGGGCCAGCACCAGCAAGCCUGAGAGCUUAGAGAAGGCCAUCUUGGAUGAGCUGGAGAAAAAGGAGUAAGUUCCUGCUUGUUGCUCGGGAGCCUUGUGGGGGGUUUUCUGCCGCAACUGUAUGGUAGGUACGCGUUGACGAAUGCCGAUAGGGUGGCUAAAAUGUAAGAUGAGACGAGCUUGCUGUUCUGAGCAACGAAUCUUUUACCUCAUUUUACGAACCAUGUGUCAUGAAUCAUACUAAAAACGAAUCUUUUCAUAUAUCAAUAAUUUCUAUUUCAAUAAGCAGCGGCUUAGAGAUAGUACCUCAUGGUAGUUACCCUGACGAGACCAUCGGUGUAUUGCCAUGAUGUAUGUUGCCUAAGAACUUUCGUGUGGCCGAGGCAAGAACGUCAAAUAUACAUCGUGGAGGCUCAUGGCUUCUUUCCUUUUCGACUUCUCACGCUUCCUCACUAUGAUUAUAGGCCCAAAGUCGAAUAGGAACCCGGGGCAAGCCGCCUUAUUUUCUGAAAAGGCCUCAUAGAUUUAGCCCAAACCUAUGCUCGGAAUGAUCACACUCUACAGUUCCAAGCCAUAUCCCGAGUACAUUAUCAAGCGACUCCUUUACACUGAACAGGUCGGCCAAGGCAACAUAUAUACAUUGUAUCUCAUCUGUCAUUAGAUUUCAACAUGCGGCUCAGGAACUUGCAAUCUCUGCGUG